AUGGCCGAACAUCUUGCAUCUAUAUUCGGUACCGAACAAGAUAAAGUUAAUUGUUCGUUUUAUUUCAAAAUCGGAGCAUGUCGUCAUGGAGAAAAAUGUUGCCGGGUGCAUAACAAACCUACCUUCAGCCAGACAGUUCUUCUGAAAAAUCUUUAUCUAAACCCGAACAAUUUCGAACUUCAACAGAAACAAGGACAAAACUUGUACGUACAACAAACGGCGCCACUUCAUUCUGAUGAAGAAGUACAAAAACAUUUCGACGAAUUUUUCGAAGAAGUGUACACAGAAGUUGAAGAAAAGUAUGGGAAAAUUGAAGCUAUGAGCGUUUGUGACAAUAUGGGUGAACAUUUAAUAGGAAAUAUUUAUAUUAAAUUUCGAUAUGAAAAAGAUGCCGAACAUGCUGUUAAAGAAUUGAACAAUCGAUGGUUUGACCACAAGCCUAUCUAUGCUGAACUAAGUCCGGUGACGGAUUUUAAAGAAGCUAGCUGUCGGCAAUAUGAAUUAGGUGCAUGUAAUCGGAGUGGAUUUUGUAAUUUUAUGCAUAUUAAAACCAUUUCACCAGCUGCGAAGAACCGCAUCCGCCACCGUCGAACUCGAAAACGUUCAAGUAGUUUUUCACCAUCAAGAAAGAACCGUCGCUAUUAA